UCGGCGGCGGCCACUGAGCAGACCGGACUUCACUUGCACACGUACCUCGCUCCGCUUCCUCUGCAACCAUGUCUGACAAACCCGAUAUGGCUGAGAUUGAGAAAUUCGAUAAGUCGAAAUUGAAGAAGACAGAAACGCAAGAGAAAAAUCCACUACCUUCAAAAGAAACGAUUGAACAGGAGAAGCAAGCAGGCGAAUCAUAAUGAGGCGCGCGCCGCCAAUAUGCACUGUACAUUCCACAAGCAUUGCCUUCUUAUUUUACUUCUUUUAGCUGUUUAACUUUGUAAGAUGCAAAGAGGUUGGAUCAAGUUUAAAUGACUCUUCUGCCCCUUUUCACAUCAAAGAAUCUGAACUACUGACCAGGAACCCCAAGCCUCCUUUCCAUCUGCCUGUCUGGCUGGCAGGGAAGGAAAAUAACUUGUAUGCUAGUGAAGGAAGAAGCUGGGUGG